AUUAAGAAAAUAGCAUAUCGAAAAUGCCACAGCAAUCAUUUAAAUUACUGCUAAUGGUAUUAUUAAUACUUUUUAGUAGCCUGGAUGUAUUUUCUGAGUUGCCACAAUGUUUUCAUUUCACUUGGAUCGGGCCAUAUGAGAACAAAUCGAAUCUGCCAAAAGAAAACUGCGAUUCAAGAGUCGGAGACUUUAAUGGAAUACCUUGUGAAAUGCCGCUGGUAGCAACUACAAACGAUACGGUUCCCGAUGUGAAAGCUCUUUGGCAAAAUAAUACCCUGAAUCGAGAGCAUUAUCUGUGUCAAAUGUCACCCGGCUACUCUUGCGUUAAAUACUCCUACAUAUUCAAAGGCGGCAUCCAAAACAUAACUUACAUGUGCGCCAAGGUGAACAGCAGCAAUGGCUGCUUCCGUCAAAGACAUUCAACGGGCAUGCAGGUGGAAGCCUGCGUCUGCACCUCCAAGGUGGGUCUCAUACCCUGCAACGUUGGCUCAACAACAACUACAACAACAAGGAACCACAUUUUAGGCUUGGCUCUCGCUUUUUACGGUGUUUUCAACAUGUUUAUUAUUGUCAAAUAAAAAUGAAAAUAUUGUU